UCGUUUUCAUUCUCUCGAUUUUCCCGAACUUCGUAGCUGGCAGCGAAAAUGCAGCGCGAAAGCACACGGUGUUAAACAGUAAAUAACGGGCGGCGGAGCCACUGCUGAAUCAAGUAAAUCGUGGAUAAACACGCGGGCAGAGGUUCGGCGAAGCAAACUGCGUAGGGCGGUCGCUGGAAGCACGGGAAAGGCGAAAAUUCAACGCUUCGAGUUAGCAUCUCGUCUCCCCGAUUCGCUCGUGUCUGUGUAUGCGUGCGGGUGCGUGAGUGUAGGUGUGUUUUUUUUCCUCUUUGGUGUGUGUGAGUGUGUGUGCCUUUUUUUGUACACUGCGCUCUUUUUGUGGCAGACGGGCGGAAAAGGAGAAAAACCGAAGAGAGAGCUGCGGAAAAUGAAAAGAAAAUGUGAAAAGCCGAGCAGUUAAUUAGGCGGCACCAGUACGAAGUGGAAACACGAAAAGGAGCAGCAUCAUUGGCAACAACAACAACGCAACAACGGCGGCAGCUGCAGCCAGCGACAACUACAGUCAUGUGCGGCUUAACUGCGGCGCAGCGGGUUUAACAAGGCCGAAAGCCUGGAAAUAGUUGACCAGAAGGAAAAACAGCGGCGGAGGCGAGCAUAAAAUAAGUCCAGAAUCCACAACAACAACAACAGACGCAGUACAGUUUUGUAAACAAAGCGUGGCGACGAUUGAUAUCAAAUCGCGCGCUGCCGUCCGCAGUGAUGUAAAUUGUAAAUGUGUAACCAAACAAAACAAAAGAGUUAAAAAAUUAAAGUGCCGAGACAAUGUUUCAGCAAAAUGUUGAUAAUAGCGGUGGCCAAAAAUUACCAUAAAACCGGAACUACACUAACUUGAGAAAAUCGAUAGGGUGCAUAGGAAAGAAAUCGAUAAAAUACAAGAUAAAAUAAUACCCUCCCUGCCAGGGUGUAGAAAUCAACAAGAAGCGCAGAAGAAAGCCAGAUCGCAAUAGUUUUGCUUUCUUCUCAGAUUUCCCUCGUGCGUCUGUGUAUGUGUGUGUGUUUUGUUUUCAUUAGAGCACACACACGCUCCCGUUGUGUGGGAGUGUGUGUAAUUGCAAUGCUAAGCGGUAAAUAAACGGAAAGAGCAAUAACAACAGCAGCAACAACAACAGCGGAGGAGAAACGUGUUUUGGUUUUGUUUGUUUCAUAAACGUUUGACACUGUACACUGCAAAAAUAACGCAUCUAUAAAUCAUAAACGCAAAUAAACGGUAAAGCAAAUUCAACAAAAGACUUGAAACUUGUGUUCAUAAUCUUAAACAAAAACAACAAAAAGUAUUCGAACCUAAAAAUAUAUACGGAAAAAUAUAUAUUAUACAAAACCACAUAAAUAUAAAUGUUUACUGGUACACACCAAACAAGAAUUAAUUAAAAUAAUAUGCAACAACAACGACACAAAGGAUAACGAAAGGAAUACAAAAUACACUAAAAACUACUUAAUUUAUAGUAAACAAAAUCACAAGUAACCAAAAUCAGACGUAAAGAUAUAUAAAAAAUACAACUUCAACAAUCUAACCAAAUCGCAUGAACAAAUAACGCAAUAUAUAUAUACAUUUAUAUAUAUUUAUAUAAACCCGAGUAUAUAUAUGUCAAGCACAUAUAGGAGUAAACCAACCCAAGUAACGAUUCAUUAUUCAGCGCAAAACCAACAAACAUCAGCCCCAUGUAUAGAUUAGAGGAUACGAAUAGCGGAGGCGUUAUGGAUAAGAACAAACAGAAACUAUCCGCCUAUGGGUCCAGCGGGGGCAGCGUCGCCGUCGACGCGCCCCAGGGCAGCGGGAGCGGGGGCGGAAGACAGCGCCACGCCCCCCUCUACGGACGCUUCGUCGUCGAAGAGGACCUGCCUGCCACGCACCGGGAUGUCAUGCACCACCAUUCUAGUCCCUCGUCUUCGUCGGAGGUGCGCGCCAUGCAGGCCCGUAUUCCCACCCACUUUCGGGACCCCUCCUCGGGACCUUUGCGCAAGCUGAGUGUCGAACUGAUAAAAACCUACAAGCACAUCAACGAGGUUUACUAUGCGAAAAAGAAACGCCGUGCCCAGCAGACGCAAGGAGACGACGACUCGUCCAACAAAAAGGAGCGAAAGCUGUAUAACGAUGGCUAUGACGACGAUAAUCACGAUUAUAUAAUCAAGAAUGGCGAAAAGUUUUUGGAUCGCUACGAGAUUGACUCGCUAAUCGGCAAAGGCAGUUUUGGCCAGGUGGUGAAGGCUUAUGACCACGAGGAGCAGUGCCACGUGGCGAUCAAGAUAAUUAAGAAUAAGAAACCGUUCCUAAACCAGGCACAGAUCGAGGUUAAGCUGCUCGAGAUGAUGAACCGGGCAGAUGCCGAAAACAAAUACUACAUUGUUAAGCUCAAGCGGCACUUUAUGUGGCGCAAUCACCUGUGCCUGGUGUUCGAGCUGCUCUCAUACAACCUGUACGAUUUGCUGCGGAACACCAACUUCCGGGGCGUUUCGCUGAACCUCACGCGCAAGUUCGCCCAGCAGCUGUGCACCGCACUGCUCUUCCUCAGCACCCCCGAACUGAACAUAAUUCACUGUGAUUUGAAGCCUGAGAACAUCCUGCUGUGCAACCCGAAGCGCUCGGCGAUCAAGAUCGUUGACUUUGGCAGCUCCUGCCAGCUGGGACAGCGGAUCUACCACUACAUCCAGUCGCGCUUCUACCGCUCGCCGGAGGUGCUCCUGGGCAUUCAGUAUGACCUGGCCAUCGAUAUGUGGUCGCUGGGCUGCAUCCUAGUCGAGAUGCACACCGGCGAGCCGCUCUUCUCCGGCUGCAACGAAAUGGACCAGAUGAACAAGAUCGUCGAGGUGCUGGGCAUGCCCCCGAAGUAUUUACUCGACCAGGCGCACAAGACCCGCAAAUUCUUCGAUAAGAUCGUGGCCGAUGGCUCGUAUGUGCUGAAGAAGAACCAGAACGGCAGGAAGUACAAGCCGCCGGGAUCCCGCAAGCUGCACGACAUCCUGGGCGUGGAAACAGGCGGUCCGGGGGGCAGGCGUCUCGAUGAGCCGGGUCACUCCGUCUCGGACUAUCUCAAGUUUAAGGAUCUGAUCCUGCGCAUGCUCGACUUCGAUCCCAAGACCCGGGUCACGCCCUACUAUGCCCUGCAGCACAACUUCUUCAAGCGCACGGCCGAUGAGGCGACCAACACGAGCGGCGCGGGCGCCACAGCGAAUGCAGGAGCCGGUGGCUCCGGAUCCAGCGGAGCAGGAGGAUCCAGUGGCGGUGGCGGCGGCGGUGGUGGCCUGGGAACGAGCAGCAGCAGUAGCGGUGCGGUCUCCUCAUCCAGUGCAGCGGCACCGACGGCGGCAACAGCAGCGGCCACGGCCGCCGGAUCCUCGGGCUCGGGGUCUGGCGUCGGUGGCGGAUCGUCCGCAGCGCAGCAACAGCAGGCGAUGCCAUUGCCCCUGCCCCUGCCGCUGCCACUGCCAAUGCCACCACUCGUGGGUCCUGGCGGUGCGUCAGAUGCACAGUGUCACGCAGAUGAUCGCCGAUGACCGGCAACAGCAGCGGCAGCAACAUCUGCGGCAGCAACAGCGGCAGCAGCAACAUCAUCGACUGCAGCGGCAGCUUCAAGGAUGCCCCAGCAGUAACCAGUAACCAGUAACCAGCAAUAUGCAAUAUGCCACGUACAACAAGCAACAUUAGGAGCGGCCGCAACACCUGCAGUCCGGUGAUCCGCUGGUCAUGUUAUCUAUCUAAAUAUCUAUUAUCUCACGGAUCCGGCGUUUUGUAAAUAAGCAUUUCACCGUUCAUUCACUUUCUCUCUCUUUCGCGUCUAUCUCCGUCUCUGUCUAUCUCCUCAAACGCCACUAGAAAACACUACAGAUAUUAGUUUCUCCUAUAAGCAUUAACGUGGCGCCUUCCCUGAUUUCCAUAACCGUCAUUUUUUUUUUUAGAAUUUAAUAUGUAAUUUGUAUUAUGCUCACGCAUUUUAAGCGCUCGGAUGAAGAUACAAUCGUGUGUUAAGUGUUUGAUGUUUUUUUGUCAACUCAAAUUAUGCAGAAAAUGUCUAAGAAUUAAUAGCUUAAGUCUAGGCAUUUAGUGUCAUAGAAUACGAAGAGUUUGCGAAUUCAUAAGCGUAAUAAUAAGAGGAAUCCUUAACGACUUUCUUAAUGACUGCCAUACAUAUUUACAUACUUCUUAAUAAACAUACAUAUAUGCAUAAGUACAGGUACACUCGAGUAAAACGACACUGAGAGAAAUCAGCAGGCAGCAGCAGGGGAUCUUGUAGGAAUACGCAUGUGUAAAUUGUUCCGUGACUGGGAAGAAUCAUUCUUUUCUGUUUAAAUAGUUUUUAAAUUUUUUGGUUUUAUAAGUACUCUACCUUUGUAAUGCACAUAAACUGAUAAAGGGUUUCAUGGAAAUUUGUUACCGAUAUGAACUCGCCCACUUAAGGUGUUAAUGAGUAGGCAAUGAUGUAUCUUACUUUCAAUGAUUACAUUUCACAGAACAUUUUCCCUUAUUUUUAGUUGUGUAAUCAGAGUCCUUUUAUAAGGAACAAAAAGCGAUGAAUCUUAAACCCAAUUUUGUACACAGUCCCACAGUUUCCUCAGUCGAAAUAAACGACCCUGCUGUUUACAAUUGAAAGAAAAGAUUAAGUGCUAAAACCGAAAAUUGAACAUUUGAAGAAGCGAUAAUGGAUCUCAGUGAAUAUGCGAAAUACGAAACACAAAUCAUAGUCUGUAAAAAGUAUAAAUCCAAAACAAAAAUCGUAGACAUGUAAAAACGAAACAAAAUUCACACGAAGAGAAGAGAGGAAACCGUUUAGUAAACCAAAGUACAUAAACAAGAGUCAAGUAAUUAAAAGUGAACUUAAUGGAAAAACCCAGUUUGUAACAUAGACAUAAAUAGAUAUUUUUUGUUCCCUCAAUUUGGAGCCUUGUAAGUGAGGUAAAAGCAAAUGAUAAUGGUUUUUCUCCAAUUUUGUUCUUCGAAGAAUACAUGUUUCUAUUAUUUUACACAUUAAAACAGUUUCGAAAACGAAUAAAUGCCGUAUAUUAUAUGAAAACGAUUAACCCUUUAAAACUUGAAGUUAAUGCCCAAUUUACCCAGUCAAGAAUGAGUUUUUAGGAUUUAACCUCGAUUUGAAGUGCAUUAUGUUUGCUUUUACGAUCACUUUUACGGUAGUGGUAAAACACUUUAUUGGCAUUAAGGGUUAACCGAACCGAGCUUUCCCGCUCUCUUUCUCAGUCUUUUGGGAAUCUACAGGGAUUUCGUGUAACGGAACCUCGGAAGGAGAGCGAGGGAGCAAGCGAUAGCCGCUUUCUUUUGUGAUAAAAAACCGCUAAGAAUAUUUAAAUUUCUAAAGUCUUAACAUGCCUAUAUCUUCAAAAAGUUCGGGCCUUGUUAAAGUGAAAAAAACGGGCAGAAAUGUUGAAUGACAAAGGUAAUACAAACACACUCUCAGAAAUAAAGCAGCGGUAAAUAUAUAAAUAUAUACAUAACAGUUUUAAUUGGAACGAUCGAUAAGCGAUAACCGAAAACCAAAUGCGAUAAGUAUCGAUAGUGCGACAAAUAUGCGAAAUACGAGUUAAAAACCAAACACAAAUCAUAGUUUGUAAAAAGUAUAAAGUCGUAGGCAUGUAAAAAUAGCAAAAAAUUAAGAAUUGGUAACGGAAUGAUGGCGUUUAGUAAACCAUAAAAAGUGAAUAAGAAAACUAAUAAAAAUCGUAUAGCAAGCAUAACAAAUGAAAUCAGUACGUACUAAAGAGGAGAUCUUUAGCAUUUAAUAAAUUAACAUACAUACAUCUAUAUAUAAACACUUACGAGUAAUUAUGCGGAAAACUCAAUUAAUUUUAUUAGACACAAACCGAAAGGCAGACAGAAAAGCGGAUACGAAAUACAUAUAAAGUAAAUAUUUAUUAAAAUUAGAGGUUAGCCCCGAACGAAAAUGAUCCAUGAUCCAUGAAUUUAACAGCAACCGGAGAGACACUAAACGAAACUUGUGUAAAAUACUAAAGCCCGAAAAGCGAGUGUUAUAGGUCGAAUAAGAUUAAAAGUCACCAAACCAUACAUAGACACACCCACACCCAAAGAACACAUGCAAUAAUGACGAUAACUGCAACGAUAACGAUAACCAAUUGUUAUGUAGGCAGAGUUGCAUUUUGGAAUGAAAGCGGAAACGGAAGCGAAAAGGAGGUGCAAUAGAGGAAAUGAGGAGGGAAAAGUCGGGAAACCAUAAUGCAUUUUUUUUACAAAACAGUAUUGCAAAAAUAUGAAAAUUCAAGUUUAAACCAAAUUAAGAAAAAAACACGAAAAGCACUCACACACACACACAACAGACAGACCGACACACAUAUGGACAUGCAACAUAUGUGGCAUUUAUAUAAUAUAAACAUACGACAGCUGAUGGUUUAAGUUGAAUAAGUACGAGAUAAUUUAUUAACGAUUAAUGAAACCGAAAUGGAAACUUUACCGAAACCAAACCAGAAAGGAAUUCAUAAAAAACUAAAGCAAACCAAAGCAAAAGACAAAACUUACAAAAAAAAGUGAGAAAAAAAAUCUUCAAUAAAAACAUAUGAUAUAAUCAACAAAA